AUGAACAAGUGGCAAGAUAUAACGGAUAUGAGCGUGUCGAAAGAAUCAUUGGACAUGUUGUCCGAAUAUUGUAGCGAAUUCCUUAUCCAUGCCGCUGAUGUUGAAGGACUAUGUCAAGGCAUCGAUGAAGACUUGGUGAAAAAGCUGGGUGAAUGGGUAACAAUCCCAACUACAUACGCGGGGGGCGCCAAAGAUAUCUCCGACCUCGCUCUUGUCGACAGGCUAUCGCAGGGACGCGUCGAUCUGACAUACGGAAGUGCGCUUGACAUGUUUGGUGGGACGCAAGUUAAAUUUGAUGACCUCGUCAAAGAAAAUGCCAUCCGAAAAGCCAAAAACAAGAUAGCAUAUUCAUAG